AUGUCUAAACUUGAAGUUAUCGAACCGUCUGACAGUGAAUUAAAAGAUAUCGCUCUUGCUUUACAAAAAAUUUGGGCUUUAGAUUAUAAUCGAUUGAAACCUGAAAUUGAUUAUGUUGUUAAUCUACCAAUAGUUGAACGCAAAGGUGACAACACACCAGAAAAACUUUUUCAAUUCGUCACAGAUCGUGCAAAAAAAAUCCCAACCUACAAUCUUUUCUAUCUUUUGCUUGACAAUUACAUUCCAGAAACUGGAAUACCAGAAAAAGUCGAUGUAUUAGAAUUAAAAGAAAACGAACAAUUCAUUAAAGCAUGUAUGCAAACUGCUCCUAUGAUUUAUGUUUACAAGUAUUUGAAAGCUUUAGGUGUAUUUCCAGGUGAUAGGUUAAGUUUUGAAAAAAAAAUUAAUCAUCUAUGGUUUGAUUUGUAUACUAGAGAAGGCGGUGCAAAAGAUUCUAGUGCAUUUGAACAUGUAUUCGUUGGUGAGAUUAGAAAUAAUGAAGCUAAAGGAUUUCAUAAUUGGAUCACCUUAUAUUUUUAUGAAAGAUCUGGUAAAAUUGAUUAUGAAGGUUUUGUUCCUUUAAAAAACUCUAAUAAACGUCUUCAUAAGCCAGAUCCAACUUCACACUUAAUCACGAUUCGGUUCAAUUAUCAAGGAAAACAUAAACCUUUUAGUUCAACUUUUGUUGGAACUUCACCUGAAUUUGAGAUGGCCGUCUACACGCUACUUUUUUUUCUUAAACGUGAGGACACACAUGUUACUUUGGAUGACACAGAUAUCAAUUUUAAAAUCUAUCCCUUUUAUCAAGUUGGUGGUGGUGGUGCUAGAUUAUUGGGCUCUGCUUUUCCAAUAAUUUUAAGAAACAAUAAUGAAUAA